AAAGAAGGAAGAGAAGGUUAAGUCUAAGAAAAAGAUUAACAAAGAAAAGUUGGAAGAGAUUGAAACACAGAUGGAAUGUUGGAAAAUAUGGAUGACAGAAGCAGAAGUCAGAGAUAGGAAACAGACAGGGAAAGUUUUACCAAACAUGAAAAAUGAAAUGAAAAAUGAUGAAAAAGAAAAACCAGAUGCUUUCACUGAUAACCCCACCACACCCCCUGUGUCUGCUCUUUAUCCUUCUCUGAACGGUGGAGUUCGAGGCAAAGAAGAUUGGGUUCCCACCUACAUGGCUCCACCUGUCCUGCCCCCACAGCAACAGCAGCUCCUGCAGUUCUUGCCACCAUCAUACCCCGGACAACAGCCCAUCCUCAACCCCCAUAACCCCUUCCACGAACAACCUCAGAACAUGCCAAAACCAGAACUUUCCACACCAUCAGCCCCACAGACUGAGGAUGAAAAACUGACGUCAGCCUCCGGAGGAAGAUUGGCACAAUCAACACCUCCAGGGAGCCCAGACACUUCUUCCUCUGACGAAGAUAAUAAACCCAACAAAUCCUCGUUCGAAUCCUUACUUGGCAAAACUCUGUCCGAAAUUGUCUCCCCAACACCCAGAGAAACACCCAGAAGGUCAGAAAGACAGAGGACGCUGACCUCUCACUUCCAAGCCCCCAUGGUCGAGUACCCGGCCGACGCAAACGGCACCCCAGUCCUCAUCUACAGACCCGCUGAUGACGAAAUGAAGACAGUUGCAAAAGACUGGCCACCCAUGGAGAAAGGAGGUGAAGAAUUGGCAAAAAGCCUCCUCCUCUUCUGCAAAACGUGGAGACCCACUGCCGCGGAAUUGAGGAAGCUUCUCCUCGUGCACAUGGGGCCCCAACACUACGCCAAGAUACAAGCAACUGUAGAAACAGACGGCUUCGAAGCACUGGCGGCCAAGCUGGUUCCAUGGACAGAGGCUGGCGACUGGGAGAUCUGGGUCACCGCCAUCUGUAGCAAACUGAGAGAAAGUUUCGCUGUAAAGGUGGACUACGGACGACUGAGAGACUGUAAACAACAAGACCAUGAAAGUGUGUCCGAUUAUUUCCACCGCCUCCUUGAUGUCUGCAUCCGCCACUCAGGACAGGUAAAACCCAACGUGUGGGAGGGUGUGGAAACCCCCUUUGAAAAUAUCAUGAAGACGGCCUUUGGGGAAGGCCUCCACAAGCCCAUUUUGACCCAAGUUCGCUCCACCCUCGUGGGAGGCCGGGCUGAAAACAGACUGCAAGAGCUCCUCAAACACGCCAAACACGGUGAACAAAGAGAGAAAGAGAAGAGAGACAAAACCGCCAGACACCUAGACACUGCCACUCUAAAUGCUCAGCUGGCUCCGGCCCACUUGGACAGCCGCCCUUUCAGAGGACAAGGCAGAGGCCGUGGACGCGGAAGGGGCCAAGGGCGCGGAAGAAGAUAUUCCCGCACAUAUGACCCCACCAAAUGUUUUAACUGCGAGAAGCAUGGCCACUGGGCCAAAGACUGUCCAGAAACACCAAGAGAGGGGGACGGAGGAAACCGUCGCGGGGGCUGGCAGGACAACGAACGAGUUCCCUAUGCCUCGGACUGACCAUCAGAGAGAGGAGUUGCACAAGCAGCAGAACUGGUGGCCCUGACUGAAGCCUGCAAAAAGGGAAAAGGCAAAACUGUUACCAUCUACACAGACUCUCGCUACACAUUUGGAGUUGUGCAUGAUUUUGGAGCCCUUUGGAAACAUCGCAAAUUUCUCAAAUCAGAUGGUAAACCCAUUUUACACCAUCACAAAGUUGCAGCUUUGUUAGACGCCAUCCUCCUACCAGCUAGUAUUGCUGUUUGCAAAUGUACUGCACACACCUCUGCCCGAGAUCCAGUGUCUCUAGGUAACGCUCGAGCAGAUUCAGUUGCCAAAGCCGCAGCUGCCUCCACUUCUCAAACUUCUUAUCUACACACUGACUCAACUUCCUCACCCUCCCCUACAGCCUCCCUGUCUACUCUGGCCUCUCUCUCUACCCCUGCAGAACGAAAGCUCUGGUCUCAAAACGGCUGCCUCUUCUCUGCGGGUGUAUGGAGAGGUCCAGAUGAUAAACCUUGUCUCCCUCGUAGACUGAUUUUGACCUAUUGUAAGUUGGCCCAUGGCCUAGACCAUGUGUCAAAAGGAGGGAUAUGUGCUGUAGUUCAAAAACAUUGGUUCACAAAUGGAUUUUCUACAUUUGCAGCUGAUUUUUGUAAAAACUGUUUGAUAUGUGCCCAAAAUAAUCCAGGUAGGACCAGACCUCUGACACAUCAAGCUGCACACCCAGCACCAGACAGACCCUUUCAACAUGUCAUGAUGGAUUUCUAACUAACCCCCAGUGAGGGUAAAAGGUACUGUCUGGUACUGGUAGACAUGUUUUCCAAAUGGGUAGAAGCUUUUCCAGCCAAACAUGCCACUGCCUCGGUAGUAGCGAAAGCCUUACUAACAGAAAUCAUUCCCCGGUGGGGAAUCCCUGAAAAACUGUCCUCAGACAAUGGCUCACAUUUUGUCAACGAAGCCAUACAACAGCUUUCCACACAGUUGCGUUUUGAAUUGAAAACUCACUGUUCUUAUCACCCACAGUCAGGUGGCGCUGUUGAGAGACAGAACCAUACUUUGAAACAGAAACUGGUAAAGUGUUGUAAAGAAACAAAACUCAGUUGGCCCAGGUGUCUGCCUAUUGUCCUGAUGUACAUGAGAAUGCGAGCGCGCCUGCGAUGCAACCUUUGAGAUACUGUUUGCAGGUACACCAAAUGUCGGCGUGGGACCUCCAGGACCUCCCAUGGACACCGCCCUCUGCGAGGCGAGCAUGGUAAGUUACUGCAUAUCCUUAACAAAAUGUCUUUCUGACAUCAGAGCACAGGUAAAGGAGACACUCCCACCCUCGGCUGACACGCCGCUCCACGACCUGACACCUGGUGAUUACGUGCUCAUAAAGAACUUCAGGAGGAAGUCCUGGCAGCAUCAGCGUUGGCUUGGACCUUUCCAGAUCCUCCUCACCACUUACACGGCUGUGAAAGUUGCUGAGAGAGCCACCUGGACACACGCCACCCACUGCAGAUGAGUCCCGGAUCCGACAACUUUGCCAACUGACCCUGACACCUCCGGAUAGAUCCUCUGCCCCGGCUGCCAUCACACCUGUCAUUGACUGGGAGACAGAACAACAUAGAGAGACCCCGCCCCUGGCAUCUGUUUCGAAACCACCCAGGCCUGUGUGGCGCCAGAGGCACAACAUGUAUACUUUUUAUGAUUGUAAUGAUCAUUAUCGCUCCGUGGCUCUGGUAUGAACUACAGACCUCCAGACAGCUGCACUUUUAUUUCUCUUUUCUGCCCAACUUUAUGAUAUGUCUUCUUAAACCGUCCCGGUGUGACCUCACAGAUGCUUGUUGGGUUCCUAUGAAGUAUUACUGUCUCUUAUAGGUGUUUUCUUUUGGUCUGUGUUCUGUGAUUAUUUUGUAUGUAUAUUGGUUCCUGUUUCAUUUAUGUUUUGGGAUUUAUCUUUACGUUCUUCCGUUUUGACGUGUUUUGCAUCAUUUAGCAAUUAGAAACUGUUUCUCUGUAUGGCCUUGGUCUGUAUCUCCAACAGGAACACUCCUCAGGAUCUGGGUACAGCAUGAUCCUAAAUCAGUUCCCUCUGAACAAAGGCCUUUCUGUUGGUGUUAAAUAAAUCAUCAGGCAAGCUGAAACCAAUGACGAUGUAUCACUCAUGUAUAUGUAAUAUACCUACACCCUGUGAAAGUAUAAAUAUGCUCUGCAACCGGGACUGCCCCGGGACUCUUUGAUGCACUUGUGACUGAUGUUACUUUUGUAGCUGAUUACCCCUUUUGCAAAAUAACUUUUUAUUAUAUGCAAUAAAAUACACAAAGACAAAA